GGUCAUUCUGUGGAUAACUCGCCCAAUCUGCUGUGGCCUGGACCAUCUUGGAGCUUCAGUAACAAUCUUCUUGGACAAUCCGGAGUGAUACUAAGUGUACUUAGCCCGGUAGUGUGGUUUGUGCGUCGCUAGUCAGAUUAUGGGAGCGUACUAAGCCGCGGCGAAGGCGAUAAGCGACAAAGCAACGCGGCCGCACAAAAGUAUUCUAGCAUUCGCCCAAGAUAGCAAAGUGGAUGAGGCAGCCACGGCUCGAGAUACUUUGCCUGCCCUCGCCGUGUGUCCGCGUCCGUGUCCGACUCAUUUUACCUUUUAAUGUUCUCUCCGCGCGACCGAGCAACGUGCCCGCAGCCCGCCGCCGCCGCCGCGUCGUCGUUGUCGUAUCUUUUUGAGGAGUGAGUCUUAUUUCGAGAUGUGAUGUUCUGUGGCAAAGAUGGUGGCAAAUAUCUUCCGAAUCGUAUCUUCUGCGUGCCUGCUGUUGAUUUAGCCGAACUAACUGGCAUUUUCGGAUUAAUUUGAGUGGUCAGUUGUUGGUGUUGCGACGUGUGGUUUGGAUUUUCUGAGUUUUGUAGGCUACGGGGUUCCGACAGUGAACUUAGAUUAGAUAGUUUUCCGCGGAUUAGUGCAGACUUGGCGACAAGGUGCUGUGCACUCGGCCAGGUUCAGUGUGAAAAACAUUCGUUUUGUGUGUCGUGCUCCACGCUAGCCGCCUAAGGUAGUUGGCCAGAGAUGUUGGCAAUUAUUGCAUUUUAACGAGCACCAUUGCAGCAGAGAUACACCCGAUAAUAUUCGCACGCGAGUAUCGCAUAGCCAUCCCAUUCCCAAGGAGUACAUUCGCUUUUCUUCGUGGCCGCGUCAAGAGGAGGAAAAUCGAUUUUCCAGUUUCAUUUGCUGCUCCGUAGUGUUUUCUAUCGCUAUAUGUGUCGUUGAUUCGUGUCGUAUUUAUUAUGUCUAUGGCGAUUUAUUAAAUGCGAGAAUUGUGUGUACUUUUGUGACUGGGGCGACUAUUCGGGUGAUGACAACUAGUGCGGUCCCGGUGGUGGCGGCGGCUCAUGAACGCUAGGCUUCGGUGUGUUUGGGUGUUGCGGUACGCGGCGGAUAGUGCAAGCGGUUACGCGGGGUAACGGUAGGAUCGCGCCCGGGGGCGCGGGUAGGGCGAACAGCAGUCAGUAGCCAGCAGGCAGAAGUUACUGGGAAGGUAGUGAGUGCGCGAAGGGACCGCGGACCGAGGGCGGCGGCGAAGACAAGAAUAAUUCGGAACAAGUUGAAAAGACACUAGAAAAAUUCAAAACGGCCACUUUAGCCAUGCACUCGCGUCUACUUACCCCUCCAAAAACAAUCAUGAGAAGUUUAAUACAGUGACCGAGGCCGAUACAUUCUGUGGACGACAUUUUUCUAAUUAUAAUGCAUUGGGCCAUGUGUAGUGUAGGUGUCCGGGCCAACGGGGAAGAGUGAAUCGCGGAUUUGCGUUGGAUUAAGGAUUAAUGGACCUAAUCACGGACUGCAGCGGGAGGAGGAACUGAAGAUUUAAGAAAAAUGUAUGUUAGGAUGAUUGACUGUAUAACGACAAAAUUCCAAUGAAGAGUAUUGGAAAAGUAUAAUUUGCAAGUGAUAAAGUAACACCCAUCAUCACGCGCGGUACGCAAUCGUGAAUGGGAAGUAUGGAUAAGAAUGGUGAUGCAAGUAGUAAUGAGAAUAAAAGCCGAGGCGAUAAUAAAUCAGGAUCUGGAGGAGCACAUGAUCCAUCAGCACUUUUAGAUGCAGCUUCUUUAUUUGCUUAUUGGGGUCGAGAACCUAGUGCAGCCGCAGCGGCGGCAGCAUCGAAUUCCCUCUUUAGUUCGCAAUUCGGAGCAGCAGCCGCUGCAGGGUUGGGACUCUUACCCAAUCCAAAUUCGAACAAUGAUCGAUACUCAAUGGCGGCGGCUGCUGCAGCAGCUGCUGGACACCACCAUCAAAACACAAUGGCUGUGGCUGCAUCACAAGCUGCAAGUUUAGCAGGAUUGCAUCCUGCUGCAAGCUGGUGGUCAAUGGCUCAACUGGCAGCUCAAGACUACUUUAGUCGACUGCAGGCUUCCGGAUUAUCGCCUUUUCCGCAUCCCGACCUGGCGGCAGCUUUUCCACAAGCCCUUGGUAUGGGCGGAGCGAGUGGUUCAACAGGCGGCGGCAAUUCAGGCAGUAAUAACUCAAGAUCGAAUAACAGUUCAAACCAUUCGAGUAAUGGUUCUGGCAACACAAAAUCGGGUUCUGGUAAGGGUCGCAAAGAACGGAAGCAAAGUAUUAACAGUAUGGUGGCGAGCAAUGCAGCGAAUUUGGCGGCUUUGGGAAGCGGAACCACAAUCACACCUACUUCUAUAACUUCAUCAGUAUCAUCAUCCUAUAAGUCAAACUCAUCGUACAGUAAAUCUUCAUCACUAUCUUCUGGGAUGUCAAACAACCCAGUGCCUAUAUCAGCGUAUAAUCACGCAAAUUUGCACAAAGAACUGUUAGCUAUGCAAGCAGCGGCUGCAUCAGCAGCUGCAGUAUCUUCAAAAAAAUCUUCUCAUCAUCAACAACAGCACCAUAGUGGCAUGUCUGGCGGUAGUGGCACCGCAGGGAAUAGUUCGAGUGGUGGAAGUAGCAAUACCAAGUCUUCAUUGUCACACCAUCAUUCCAUUUCGAAUAGUAGUCAUAGUUCGUUGAUGUCAUCUAAUAGUGGCUCAAAUAGAAGCAGUUCUAAAGAUCAAAUCGAUAAAUCAAACCCCUCAGCGUCCCUUAACGCACUCACGUCUCUGUCACAGUUGGGAAGUCUGGGACUUAGCUCACCCCAAGGUGUUCAGGCGGCGAUGAAUGCUUUGGCUGCGAAUACCGGAAAGGUGAAGGAUUACAUGCCAUCAGGAAUACUGAGUGCUGCACUGGAAGGAAAUGAUCCAUCAUCUCUGCUAGGAGUACGGUUACCACCUGACACGGAAAUCAUAAAAUACACCUCAUCCAUAGUCGGCCCUAAAAUUCCGGGUACAACAAAUCGCGGUCGCAAAAAGACAAUUUCUCUCGAUCCAAAUCCUCUGCUUGCAUUUCCAGGCUUAAGUCCGGCUAAGCGAGCUCGACUUGAAAUGGAAUAUGCAGCGGCCGUGGGACAAGCAGCUGCAGCAGCAGCGGCAGUAACAGCGGGAAGUACUGGAACAGGAUCAGGGUCAACUAGUGGAAAUACAUUGCCGUCGGCAGGAAAUGAUCGUGUGGAAGUUAUAAAGUUGCCACCAACCAUAACAUCCAACGGAGCCUACAAUUUAUCUUCCAAGUCGACGGGGAAAGAUAUAGAGUCUGACACAUCCGGAACUAUGAACCUUACGAUGAAGAGUAGUACUAAUAGCUCAUGUGCGGAUGAUAACGACGCACCGUUGAAUCUUUCAAUGAAACCGGACAAUAAAAACAGCUCAGAUUAUUCGAACAUGGCCGGAGCAAACAGUCUUCAAAGUCUGAGCUCGAUAACCGCGGCGCUUGGCUCCGGUUCAGGGUCAGGAAAUUCUAGUUCUGAUCGGUCUUCCUCAAGUUACAAAGAAGGACGGCCACGUAAUUUGGGUCGUGGAGUUUCUAAACCGAAAAAGAAUACAGUUGCAUCACUUCUAGCACAAAGUCGAGCAGUGGGUUUGAAACCAAUGUUAACUCCGCAGCAGCUGAUGAAUCAAGGCGCUGAUCUGGAAAAAAUCCGCCAAGCCCUGUCAGACGCACAAGUUGAACUGUCGACAGAUUCGGAAAGUGUAGCGGCAGAAAGUGGACUGUCAGAAUCAGAAGGCGAAGACACACAAGUUUAUAAUAUUCCCGAAUUGCGAAAACCAUUAGAAUUGGGCUGGAAACGCGAGACUAUAAUUCGGGGUCUAACGAAAAAUGGACAGAUGCGUGGUGAUGUCUACUACUAUGCGCCAGGCGGAACAACAAAACUGAAGACCAUUGGCCAGAUACUAACUUAUCUUGAUAAAAACCCUUCCAAGUUGACGCGAGAUAACUUUAGCUUUUCGGCUCGUGCCAUAGUCGGUUCAUUCUUGCAACCGGCUCCACCACUUUACGCGAACGAUGGCGAGUACAUAAGAAUGGCUGACACGGACGUAGCUAAACGUUUAGAAGAGCUAAGAAUAUUUACAAGGCACAGUUUAAAUGUGGAGCAACGAAUCGAAAUUGCACGCCAGCAACAGGCUUUGCGAGAUGCUAAAAAGUUGGCGAAAGAAGAAAUGGCGAGAAAUAAAGAGAAAGCGCGACAAGAACGAAAUGAAAAGUUGGAAACACAACGGAAGGAACGUGAACUGAAAAAUCAACAAGCACUUGAGGCCCGCAGGAAGCGACAGGAAGAAAUCGAAAGGCAAAAGCAGGAGGAGUUGAUUAAGAAGCAACAGGAGAAGGAGAAAAAACGACAGGAAGCCAUCCUAGCUAAAGAACAGGAUCUCAUCAAGCAAAAGGAGUUGCUGUAUGCAGUUGAACUGGAGCGGGAAAGGCGUCGUCAGCACAUGUCUCUCAUACGUCAACUGGAGAAUCGGCGAAAGUUCGAGGAACGAGAAAGGAAGAAACAUCAGAUAGUUCUAGAUAGAUUGAUUCAACGUGAGAAGAGGGCCGCGGCAAAGAGACGUGAUGCGGAUAUAUUAGCUCAAAUUAGGAAACCGCAAGAAGACUCUGAGAUAGCAAAUCAAAAGGAAAUGCCUGUUCUGCAACGUAUAUCUGGAUGUAGACUACCUGGACAAGCAAUGGCAGAUCUUUUGAUGGUGUUUGAAUUUUUGCACAAUUUUGGAGAAACUUUAGGAUUUGACAUGGAGUCGCUGCCAACUCUUCAAAGUUUACACGAUGCUCUGGCAAAUGAAAAUGCAAUUGAAGCGGAAGAGGAACUGCUAUCAGUGAUGACACAUCUGUUAGUCUGUGCGAUCGAGGAUCCUGGAAUUCCAAACCCCGGUCGUCAUACUACACUUUUGGGCCAAUCCUUGCGAAACGCCGACUUGACAAAUGCCAAUAUCUCGGAAGUGUUACGUAUCUACUUGUACGCAGCCGCUACAGGUGAAGUACGGCAGCUAACAGGAGUGACUCUGGAUCGUGAGAAAGAAAAGCGAAUAGCAGAUCACCACCAAUACGACAUAGAUUGCCUAAAUGUAUCAUCGACUAAAAAUCAUCAAUACUACGAAUUGCUACACGAAAAUACAACGUGGAAACUGUCAAUGUGUUUGAAAGACAAACCAUUUGUCGCCUUAAAUCCAACAAAGAAAGCGGAAAUUCUGGCUCACCUCUGCAAUGAUUUGCUUCUUAAUAAGGCUGUGUUGAAGCAGAUUGAGGGAAGUCUUGAGUCAUGCGCACAAUAUAAACGAGAAAAGUAUUUGAAUGACAUGAAAGUAAGAAAAUAUAAAUCAUUGCAUAUGCGAAAGCUGAGAAUGGAAGCUUACGAAAAGGCACAGCAACAACAACAAGAACGUGAAGCAGCUGCCGUAGCAGCACAAAGUCAAUCUGAACCACAAAGAAAAGAAUCUACGGACACUGAAACUGAAAAUAAUAACAAUCAGGAGACGUCUACGAGCACAGUGGAAAAGAUGGAAGUUGACGAGAAUACUCAGCAAUCAGGAACGGCAGUGGCUGCAAUUUUACCGAAUCAUAAGGAUGAGUCAGAAACCGAAACGUUGAGUGAAAAACUUGAAGAAAGUCCCGUGAAGAGUGGCGAUACAACCCCCGUGAAGAACGCUAAAACGGAGGAGUGUGCUACUUAUCAAAACGGCACUCCUGCCACUCCGGAACUAAAUCAUAUUCUCAACAAGAAAAUUAAUUCUCGUGACGACGCUUCUACAGAUGUGGGGUUGGACGAUGACCUUAGCGACGUGGAGAGUGAAAUAACAACAGUGGAAGAAGAUGAAGAUAAUCGAAUGACAUCUGAAGAAGUUCAAAAGAAGUUAGAAAAGCUAAUUAAAACGUCAGAACAAAGCAAAGAGUUUCUGGAGAGAGCAAGUAACCAGUUACGUGCUACAUGUUAUGGACAAGAUCGGUACUGGCGCCGAUACUGGAAACUUCCGAAGGCAGGUGCGAUAUUUGUAGAAGCGAUGGAGUCCGCGCAAAAUGAAAUUUUAGAAUAUCAUAAAAUCCUCGAGGAAGAAUUCAAGAAACAAGCAGAAGAUGACGCGGAAGUUGUGGAAAAUGACACAGCGGAAGAUGUGAAACCCCAGACAGAUGAGAUUACGGACGAGCCUAAAGAAGAACCUAUGGAAGACGGGUCGUUAAUUGGAGCUAAUCCAUGUAGCCCUCUCCCGCCUCCACCUCCCCCACCUUUAAACCAUUCUGCAGAUGAACGAGAUGAAUCGCUAAAUAUGGUUGUUGAUACACGAAACGAUUCAGGUAUCGAGGAGAAUGAUAAAUUAGAUGAUGAUGUCUGUGAUAGUAUAACGGUGAAAAGUGAGGUGAAACAGGAACCGGAUGUAUUAGGUGAUGAUAUGAUAAAACCAGAAGUAGCCAUAGAAAAAUGGUUUUCAAUUCUAAACCGUGAAAUGCCACUUACUGCCCCAGAACAACACAAUACUCAAGAAUAUCAAAAACUGUUUUCCAACGUUGUAUGUGAAUCUCAAAUUCAAAUUCAAGGAAAUCGUUGGGAUAUCUCUAACAAUGUGCAGUAUUUUACGGUGCCGUUGGAAAAUGGGAAAAUAGAUUUGCACUUUAGAAAUGAAUCUAUUCUUUCGCUGUCGGGCCUUGAUGAGCAGCUCGUGGAAGGUACGGUUACUGGAGAGGAAGGCGUUACAGAACAUAAAUUGGUGGAAGAGGAUGUGAUGCAAAUUAAAGCUGGUCGGAUUGAUCUGAGAUUAGAUGAAGCAACUGGAAUUCCAAUGACAUCACUUGCCAACAUGUCAUUGGGAAACAUCAGCACAUACGUUGCAUGCGACGUUCCAACCCCGUUGUCAAUGACUGCUGAAGAACACAGACUAUUGGAGCGUAUAAAGGAUCAUGGAUUUCCUAAGAAGAUUGAAAAGAAUUUCGUUGCGGGUGAUUUACGAUAUGGAUGGUGGAAGAUCGAUGCGUUAGAAUUAGUGAAUGAUGUUAUACAGUCAUUGCACCAGCGUGGUGUUCGGGAACGUGAGCUAAGAUUGAAUCUUCUUCGAUCUAUAAAUGAUGCACUAGACUUGUCAACCUCUUGUCCUAUUGUUGCCGAGUCAAAUGAAGAGGAUGCUGGGCCUGGAUUCGUAGAACCAGACAGUCCAACCGGUUGGAAUGCUCGGGUUGCAAAACGUGUUGAACUUGCCCUUCUAGAACAAGUUGAAGCUCUGGAAGAUAAAAUUGCAAGUGCCUCAAUGCAAGUGAAGCACUGGCAAUUGCCAACACGUAACGAAUCCGAUAUAAAUUUGACAGAAGUCGAAGAUAUCACCAUGGAAGAUUUUGUGAGCAUAAUUCCUAUGAUUCGGGAAAGAAUUGAAAGUUUAGAAUCGGCAAUAGAAAGACGCUACUUGAAACCUCCACUUGGUAAUAUAUCUGCAGAUGCUCAUCUAGCGGCGAUUGCUCAAAAUCAGCACCAUCAGCAAACUUCUACCAGCUCGUCUUCGCUGACAUCAUCGACUUUAUCGUUGCAGCUACAGAAUAGCGAUUCGAAUCAGCAAAAUAAUGGUGGGUUAGCGUCAACGACAACUUCUAAUUCAGCGGCGGAGUCACCGUCAAGUGUUUGUAGCAGUGAGAAAGAUUUGGGCAUACAGGAGCAUAUGCCUAAAGGAUUAAUAACUUGGCGUGAUGCAGUAGCUCGUUCGCAUACAACAUCGCAACUGGCUAUGGCUUUGUACGUGUUGGAGUCGUGUGUUGCGUGGGAUAAGAGUAUUAUGAAAGCGAAAGAAGAGAAUUUGAGUAGUGAUGUUACUAAAAUAAAAAUUUUGCUGCAACAGCAAACAUCAAAGAAUAAGAAAGGAGACCAGGCCUCAGCGAAAUGUACUAAUUGGCGUUUAUUACAGAAUUGCCAGUUUUGUACCUCUGGCGAAAAUGAGGAUAAACUUCUUCUUUGUGAUAGUUGCGAUAAAGGCUAUCAUACGUACUGCUUCAAGCCGAAAAUGGACAAUAUCCCCGAGGGCGAUUGGUAUUGCUUCGAGUGUGUAAAUAAGGCUACAAAUGAAAGAAAAUGCAUAGUGUGCGGUGGUCUUCGUCCUCCACCUGUAGGUAAAAUGGUUUAUUGCGAAUUGUGCCCUCGAGCAUAUCACCAAGACUGCUGCAUACCACCAUUGUUGAAAGUGCCGCGUGGAAAAUGGUACUGCCAUGGCUGCAUAUCGAAAGCACCGCCACCGAAAAAACGUCCACCAAAGAAGCCGAAGGAGAAAACGGAUAAAGAAUCAAAGUCGCACAAUUCGACGGCGGCAACGCCAACAACAAUGAAUUCCUCACACGAAGAGCCGACUGUUCCUCUGAGCCCCGCCCUUUCCGUGGCUUCUACGUCAUUUGAUGACCAUCAGAACUCGAUUGAUGGCCGUUUCGGUUCGCAGUCUGCAAUGCCUACCCCAGCAACACCCUCGUCGGCAUUCCCGGCAACAGUAAACACAUCAACGCCUGCAAUAACACCCACCCAAAUACCACCUCGUCCAGCUUCGCCAAGCAAUAGUGAUAUUUUAGAAACUAGUCUUGAUAGUACGAGCAAUAGUCAACUGCAAACGGUUCAAUCACAAUCGCAACAAUCACAAAGUGGCUCUACAAUGGCGAAUACAUCUUCGAGUUCGCAAUUGCAGACGCCACAACAGUCAGUGAGUCCAUCAUUGCAACAAAUGCAACAGCAGAUUCAACCGCAACAGUCUUCUCAUCAGCAGUUGCAAGCACCAUCGCAGCAACAAGUGCAACCACAACAACAACAAGCGCCACCGUCGAAUGCAGUGAGUGAAACUAAGGACAAAGAUAAGUUGAAGCAGGAGAAGAAGGAGAAACAUGCAACGAAGAAGCUUAUGAAAGAAUUGGCUAUUUGUAAAACAAUUCUAAAUGAGAUGGAACUACACGAAGAUUCUUGGCCGUUUUUGUUGCCGGUUAACACGAAACAGUUUCCAACAUACAAGAAAAUAAUUAAAACCCCAAUGGACUUGUCUACAAUCAGAAAGAGGAUUCAGGAUCUUACGUAUAAAUCACGUGAAGACUUCUGUGUCGAUGUCCGACAAAUAUUCGACAACUGUGAAAUGUUUAAUGAGGACGAUUCGCCAGUUGGUAAAGCUGGACAUGGUAUGCGUAAAUUUUUCGAAGUCCGAUGGGCAGAACUGACUGACAAACAUUCAUGACAUCAAGCGCACCACACCAAGUAUACAAAUGACUAGCAGCUGAAACUACUCUGACGACAAAUUAAUAUUCUAUUCGCGUCGAUUAUCAUUGCAGUAGACAUCAGAGAAAUACAUUAGUGAUUUGUGUUUCGCGUUGUAAAUAUAUUUUCGAAAGUAAGAAUCAAAUUUAUUAUUAAUGGAUAGAAAAAUAGGAAAGGAAUGACGGAAUGACGGAGAGACAGUACACAAUCUUGGGUUUAUUUACUGCAUUGUACAAAGAUUUAGAAAUGUGCUCAGUAAGGGAGUGGAAUCACACACAGGCAGUAUUUUAUUGAUAUAUUUUUAAUAGGUUUUUACGUUUUAAGUUGAGCGUUCUUUAAUUUUGUGUGUAUCUUUUAAGGGAAGAGAGAUUUUUGUACUUUUUUACAAUGUCACGAAACUACGACAACGCGAAUAGUAAGCGGAGAUUUUUUUUAGUUGCCUUUUGUGUUAAUUUUUUAACUUAUUCUCAAAAAAAUCCGUGUAGUAGGCUUACUUUUUAAUGAUAAGGACUUUUGUAUAUCACAAAUAGGAAUAAUCGUAAUGCGCUACUUAGGGAUGUAAUUUUACACAGUAUCCCCACUUCUUGAUUAGGCGAAAGUAUUCCUUUUUAAGUAUUUUAAGAUUACAUUUGUAUUUUUUCGAACUUAAUUUACUAAAAAAAAUAUAGACAUAUUUGUGAAAA